GUUGUAAAUCGGACAUCAGCACAACAUUUUCCUAUCCUAUAACUGGAUCCGACAAUUAUUCGCUACCUGGGCCAAUUACAUUGACUUGCAAUGCUACUGGUGACUUGCAGUACAUUCAAUGGGAAAGACUAGAUGCUGAUGGAGAUACCCUAAUCUUAAACAGUACAACUACAAGAAAUGUUUCGUCCAACUGGAUAGCUACGAUAGACAAUUGGCUAUUAAAAGAUAAGUUUCCUUUCACUUAUCGAUGUAUAGCUGUUGAUUCAUGCUGCCGUAAGAACGUAUCGGAGCCGAAGACUUUAAAUAUCAGGCCAAAUAGCUUUUUUUCUG